AUGGAAUGGUCAUUAGCUGUUAAUGGAGGACAGAUGAUGUGUCCUUCAGGGGUCAACGGAGGUUAUUCUGAAGACGGAAGACAUUUUAUUACAGUUUUAUCGCAUCAAAUUAGAGUAUAUUUUUUAAGUACUAGACAAUGUAUCAAGACUAUUGAAGGAAAUUUCCAAGAUUUAGUGGAUGUUAAGGUGAAGGGAGAUGAAUUAUGGAUAGGAUUUUCUAAUAGAACCAUCAAGGUUAACUGGAAGAGUGGACAAGAAGAAUUAGUUCAUGAUAAUGGGGUGAUGAGGUUCUUCAAUAAUACAUUAUGUAUCGAUAAUGAAUUGAGAUUAACUGAUUUUGACCAAGCAUCUAUAAAUAUCAUUACCGAUCUUGGAUCUUCAUACAUAUUUGCCAUUUCUGCCAAUAGAAAAUUCAUUUCCAUACUAUCACACAAUCAAUUAUUUAAGUAUCAUAUUGAAAAUGAAACUUUAGACAAAAUUCCUUUCACUUAUAAGUCAUCGAUUAUUUCCAUCGAUAUUAGUAACGAUGGAACCAUUGCAUUAGGAUCAUCUUCAGGUCCCAUUCAAAUUAUCUUUCCUGAUAAUCAAGAAAAAUUAUUAAAAUGGCAUAUUGGACCAGUAAAAUCAUUAGUUUUCACUAAUUCGAAUCAAUUAGUUUCUGGAGGUAUGGAAAAGGUUUUGGUUAUUUGGUCUAUUAUCACUGAUAAAUUACAAUUUUUACCUCGUUUGAAUGGUGUUAUCGAUAAAAUCUUCAUUGAUCAUAACAAAAUCGAUAAUUAUAAUGUCAUAUUGAACCAUGGUAAUGGUUAUGAAUUACUUAUAUUAUCAGCAGUAGAUUUGAUUUCCAGAUUAUCUGUUAACACUAUCAGACCAAAUAAAUUAAGUAAUAAGAAUAGUAUUGUCACAGUAGCUGAGAUCUUUAAUAAUAACUUAUACCUUACAAAUGAUUCAUUAUUACAAAUUUACAAUGUUGAUAAGAAUGAACAAUCUUCGAUUAUCAAUUUGAGUGAAUCUAUUGGUAUGGGUAAGGUUAAGAGUGAAUUAAAACUCAAUGAUCCAGUCAUUACUCAUUUAAAAUUCAAUAGUGAUUAUAUGUGUACAUUCGAUAAAUUGGUUGGUAAUAAUGAUUACUUAUCAAAGGAUGAUAUCACUUAUUGUCUUAAGUUUUGGAAGAAGAAUGGUGAAACUUGGGACCUUAUCACCAAGAUCAUUAAUCCUCAUUAUAACUUACCGGUUAUAAAUGUGAUGCCCUUCCAAGACGGGUUCAUAACCAUUGAUAAUAGAUGUAAUUUAAGAUUCUGGAGAUUUAAGAAAGGUCAAUGGUCCUUGGUCAAGAAUAAGAUUAUGAACUUACCUAUAACUAAAUUCAUCAAUAUUGAUAUAAGUGAUGACAAUUCACUUAUUGUUCUUAGUUAUGACAACAAAUUGAUAUUUUUCAACAAUAAUUUGAUCAAAUUGGAUGUCAAUUUGAACUUAAGUGAUUGUAAUAUCAGAGGUCUUCAGAUUUUGAAAAAUCAAUUGAUCGUAUUGAGUAAAACUAGAAUCUUAUCUUUCAACUUAAUUGAUUUCACUGUCACUAAACAAUUCAAAAUCCCAGAAAAAAUCCCAAUUGGAGGUAAUCAUUUAAUAGCUAAAAAUUCCUUACUUUGUUUAUCAAUUGGAGAAUUCAUCAUCAUCAUGGAUAAUUUAUUAAAUCCUAUAUUCACCCAUGAACAUUCAAAUAAGAUCUUAUCCAUAAUCAAGUAUAACAAUUCAUUCAUAUUCAUUGAUGAGUUGAAGAGAUUAGGUUUCAUUAACAACGGAUCGAUUAACUUAUCCAUAGAUGAAGAAAUCACCCCUCAAAUAACGAAAAGUAAUGGCGAUGUUAAGGUUGAUGAAGUUGAACAUUUGAGUUUGAAGGUAUUUGAUAAUAACUCAUUUAACUUUGAAUCUGACAAUUUGGAUUCGAUUUUCGAAAAGAUUAUCAAGAUUGUAAAUAAUUAG